AUGAUUGUUAUACCACUCCCUAUGUUUCUGUUUGCAUUGUUUCUUUCACUCCUAACAAACACGGGCCAAAUGGUAUCUGCAAAAGGGAAGGACAAUGUUAGAGAGGCUUGCAGUGUGACAAGGUUCCAAAGCCUUUGUGUUCACUCUCUAUCACCUUUCUCCAACACUGCUGGAAGAAGCCCUAGCAAGUGGGCACGUGCGGGAGUGUCAGUAUCAAUAGGGGAGGUUAAGAAUGUUAAAUCCUAUCUUGCAGAAUUGAAGAGGCAUGGACACAUGAAGGGAAGAAACAAAGUUGCCGUUUCAGACUGUGUUGAAUCCUUUUCCUAUGCCCUUGAUGAGCUUCACAGAUCUCUUGGUGUGCUUAGGAGACUAAGCAAAACCACGUUUAGCACCCAAAUGGGGGAUCUCAACACGUGGAUCAGUGCAGCCCUCACUGAUGAAGAAACUUGCCUCGAAGGAUUUGAAGACAACAAUGAGAAACAUGUUAAAGUACUGCAAAACCGGGUUCAGAAUGUGUCUUACAUCACCAGCAACGCUCUAGCUCUUGUCAACAAACUUGCUACCACAGGUCUCGGAAGCGUCAAUGAUCCAUAG